UCUGCUGAUCGUCUCCGCAGGACCCUCCGUUAGAGAUGUUUCCUUCCGCCUCUCAGCGCUGCUCCGCGGUCAGUUUUCUCUCUGCUCUCCGCUUCCUGUGGGUGUCUCCGGCUGUUCUCAGACCGCCGCCACUGCUGCUGCUGCUCCGCUCCGGAGGAAGAGUUUCGCGUAGCGCCAUGCCGUCCAACGUGGAGAUCAAAGCCAAAGUGAGCGACCCGACGCGGUUCGCCGAGAAGGCGGCCAAGCUCAGCCAAUCAGAGGGCACGAUCAUCAGGCAGCACGACACGUUCUUCAACUGCAGCCAAGGACGCCUGAAGCUACGAGACCUCAUGAACGGGUCGGGUCAGCUGAUCUUCUACGAGCGUCCGGACACUGACGGACCCAAACUGUCCCGCUACUCCAUCAGUCCGACCAGCGACCCUCCGAGCCUCCAGGUUGUGCUGUCAGACGCUCUCGGGGUGAAAGGUGAGGUGCGGAAGGAGCGGCGGCUGUUUCUGAUUGGUCAAACCAGAGUUCACCUGGACACGGUGGAGGGACUGGGACACUACAUGGAGCUGGAGGUGGUGAUGCGUCCGGAGCAGACCGUCGAGGAAGGACAGCAGGUGGCCGAGCAUCUGAUGGAGCAGCUGGGUGUGUCGAAGGAGAGUCUGGUGACCGGAGCGUACAUGGAUCUGUUACUGAAGGGACACAAAGAGACAUAAAACAAACACACACCUGGAGACAGAACAGAGGGGACCAGGACACAGUAUUUUGUACAGCAGUGGUGGGUAAAUAGCAGCUUUGGGCCUAAAUCCCCCCCCCUCCCAACACAAAUAUUUAUCCCCCUGAUGAAAGCGAGAAGUUUUUAAUUUUCACAGUUUACAUCAAAGCUUAUCACAGAUCUACAGAGCUGUGGAUAACAGAAUAAAUCCCAGUGAUUAUAAGCUUGUUCCGUCCAAUCCUGAACACUGUUUGAACAGUGAUGCUGCUGAAAUUAAGUCUAAUAAACCAGCCAGAAAUUAUAUUUCAAUGUGUGAAUUCUGACACUGUUUUAAUUCCACAAAUUUAGCCUGUUGGACCAAAACGCAUCACAAACAGGCGGCGCCCGACAGAAACGCUGUGUUGACGCUGUGUUUUAAUCGUGUGUGUGGAUGACCAAUAAAUAAAGAAGUGCAGAAC